GUAUUAACGACUAAAAGCCUAGCUACGUGAACCAACUGUGCCCUCGCGUGUCGUUCUAAGCCAAUUGUCAACUAAACACUGCACCGACACAUGCAUAUGCAAAAGUAAAGGGUAGGAGCAGGUUUCACAGCGUUAAAAAUGAAGAAGUCGUAUUUGCUACUUGUCCUGUUUGUCCACGUUCUACUAACCACUCAUAAAGUCGACUCACAUAGACGUAGGAUAAGCCACAAAACCACAAAACCCCCAACACGAAAACGAACCACUCGAAAGCCGACAACAUCUGCGCGAAAACAUUGUCAUGCCAUGAAACACUGCAAGGUAACUCAGUGGAACACAUGGAGUUCAUGUUCAGUAGCUUGCGGAACAAGAGGAGUGCAGACACGCAUUAGAAAGGUUGUUAAGCGUCCCGUGUGCGGGGGCGUUUGCCCAUUUGAUUUGAAGCAGUCUCGGGGCUGUAAUCAUUAUUGUCACAAUGGAGGUACUCUAGAAAAAGCAACAUGCAUAUGUCUGCCCCGUUACGGUGGACAGUGCUGCCAACAAGUUCACGGAGGAUGGAGCUGCUGGGGAGUAUGGGAUGACUGUUCCAAGACCUGUGGUGGAGGCAAACAAACACGUCACAGGACUUGUAACAACCCCCUCCCUGCUAGCGGGGGACGUCCAUGUCUGAAGAACGGUAGCAGUCAAACCAAAAAAUGCAACGUCAUACCUUGUCCAGUAAAUGGUGGCUGGACGUCAUGGGGUUAUUGGAACAAAUGCAGCGUGACUUGUGGUGGUGGUACACAGAAGCGUUCUCGCUCAUGCACAAAUCCUCCCGCAGCCCAUGGAGGAAAAACGUGUGCAGGUCUGAAGGACAUGACUCAGAACUGCAAUGAUGAUAUUCUGUGUCCAGUGAAUGGGGGCUGGACACCAUGGGGAGACUGGGACCAAUGCAGUGCUACUUGCGGAAAUGGAACACAAAAGCGUUCACGCUCAUGCACCAAUCCACCUACAGCCCAUGGGGGGAAAAGGUGUGCAGGUCCGAAGGAAAUGACUCAGAAUUGUAACGAUGACGUUCUCUGUCCAGUGAAUAAUGGCUGGGCAACAUGGGGAGACUGGGAAAAAUGCAGUGUGACUUGUGAUGGUGGAACACAGAAGCGUUCUCGCUCAUGUACCAAUCCUCCCGCAGCCCAUGGGGGAAUAACGUGUGCAGGUCUGAAGGACAUGACUCAGAACUGUAAUGAUAAUAUUCUGUGUCCAGUGAAUGGAGGCUGGACAAUGUGGGGAGAGUGGGACAAAUGCAGUGCCACUUGCGGAGGUGGAACACAAAAGCGUUCUCGCUCAUGCACCAAUCCACCCACAGCCCACGGUGGUAAAACCUGUGCAGGUCCGAAGGAAAUGACUCAGAUUUGCAACAACGAUGUGGGGUGUCCAGUAAAUGGCGGCUGGACUUCUUGGAGUGAUUGGAGCAAAUGCAGCGUGACUUGUGGUGGUGGAACACAAACACGUUCUCGCUCGUGCACUAAUCCAGUUGUGGCUCAUGGUGGUAAGAAUUGUUCGGGCCCGAAAGAAAUGACUCGGCACUGCAACGAUGAUGUUUUCUGUCCAGUUGAUGGUGGCUGGUCUGGGUGGGGAGACUGGGGUAAGUGUGACAAGAGCUGCUUUAAAACAAGAAUAAGGAAAUGUAACAGGCCCACUCCGUCUAACAAUGGUAGGCAAUGUAUCGGUCCACCCACAGAGAGGUUCAGUUGUUCUUUUGAUGAAUGUAUGGGAGGUAAUGGCGGAGGUGAUGGAAAAGGUCUGAGAUUGAACACUGACUACAGAGACGGAGGCUCAGGCGACGGUCCUCUGGCGGGGAACGAAUGGACGAUUUGGAGUGAAUGGAGCGCCUGCUCCACUACCUGCGGACGCAGCUUGAAAUUAAGACACCGCACCUGUAUUACUCGGCAGUCCUCCAACUGCCAGGGGGUUAAUCUGGAGACUAAAUACUGUCAAGUACCGAUGUGUGAUGGCAUUGUACCAACAUAACUUACUAAGCAUUUCUGUUUCAAAGGCUCUGGAUGACAGUCAGUAGUUAGCUACUAGUGAUUUAAGACAGUGAAAUGUUAACAAGAUCAAAUAACAUUUAAACAGAG